GUGAGUCUUUUGUGCACUCUUCCAAUCCCAAGUAAGAUUAGCAAUAUAUAUUCCUAGCCUUGAGUCGCUGCUAAGAGUUGUAAAAGCUAUGGCAGGUUCAGGGUCACUUAAGCUUGCCUGUCUCAUAAUCCUUUGCUUGGUAGUGACUGCUCCUCAUGCAGAAGCAGCCAUCUCUUGCGCUUCUGUGAUGACCAAACUCUCUCCAUGCUUAAGCUACAUCAAAAGCGGUGGUGGGCUGCCACCUGCUUGCUGCAGUGGAGCUAAGUCCCUCAAUGAUGCAGCCAGCACUACACCUGACUUGCAGGCCGUUUGCGGUUGUAUAAAAAUUCUUGUUCCGAGCCUCAGGGCCAAUCCUGCAUACAUUAACAGCAUCCCAGCAAAAUGCGGAGUCAAUCUUCCCUACAAGUACUCCCCUUCACUCGACUGUUCAAAGGUGGUCCGUUGAAUUGAUGAGACUUCCCAAGAGAAGAAUAUAUAAUAAUAAUCAUAAAGAAUGAAUAAGAUGUGGAGCUCCUUCAGUUAAUUUUUCAGACUGCUUGCUGUUGUUCAGGCGGCAGGUGUCUUUUGGUUGUGUAAAUUGUUGCAGGCCUAUCUGUAGCAGGACUAAAAUUAUGUGGCCUCCUCCUGAAAUCUGCUUGUAGUAAAAGUGUAAUUGCAACAGUAAUAUAUGCAUUCUGUUCUAAA